GCGUCGGAGGCGCAUGCUCCGUGGCGGUCCCGGCCCAGCGGACUGGCGCGGUCCGCAGCCCGCAAAGUCCAGGCCCUGCUGCGGGCAUGGCGGCCAGCUUGUGGAUGGGCGACCUGGAGCCCUACAUGGAUGAGAACUUCAUCUCUCGGGCCUUUGCCACCAUGGGGGAGACCGUGAUGAGCGUCAAAAUUAUCCGAAACCGCCUCACUGGGAUCCCAGCUGGCUACUGCUUUGUAGAAUUCGCAGAUUUGGCCACAGCUGAGAAGUGUUUGCAUAAAAUUAACGGGAAACCCCUUCCAGGAGCCACACCUGCAAAACGUUUUAAACUGAACUAUGCCACUUAUGGGAAGCAACCGGAUAACAGCCCUGAGUACUCCCUCUUUGUGGGGGACCUGACCCCAGAUGUGGAUGAUGGCAUGCUGUAUGAAUUCUUCGUCAAAGUCUACCCCUCCUGUCGGGGAGGCAAGGUGGUUUUGGACCAGACAGGCGUGUCUAAGGGCUAUGGUUUUGUGAAAUUCACAGAUGAACUGGAACAGAAGAGAGCCCUGACAGAGUGCCAGGGAGCAGUAGGACUGGGGUCUAAGCCAGUGCGGCUGAGCGUGGCAAUUCCUAAAGCGAGUCGUGUGAAGCCAGUGGAAUAUAGUCAGAUGUACAGUUACAGCUACAACCAGUAUUAUCAGCAGUACCAGAACUACUAUGCCCAGUGGGGCUAUGACCAGAAUACAGGCAGCUACAGCUAUAGCUACCCCCAGUAUGGCUAUACCCAGAGCACCAUGCAGACAUAUGAAGAAGUUGGAGAUGAUGCAUUGGAAGACCCCAUGCCGCAGCUGGACGUGACGGAAGCCAACAAGGAGUUCAUGGAGCAGAGCGAGGAGCUGUAUGAUGCACUGAUGGACUGUCACUGGCAGCCCCUGGACACAGUGUCUUCCGAGAUCCCUGCCAUGGUGUAGCCAGGACAAAGGACAAGCCAGAAUGGACUGUGAGGGAGAUAAAGACACUCCUUUAAAAAAAAAAACCACACUGAACUUUUACCUUUUUGGAAAUGUUUUAUAAGGUUUUAACCAUCAAGUUUCCUGAGAUUAUGAAUAUUACUGCAAUUCUGCUGCCUUCAUUUGAUAUAGUGAGUCAUUUGUUUGAAAACCAAGGGACCAACUAUGGAAGAGGGUUGAAUAAAGUUUUCAAGUUGUCAAGA